CUUUCCAACACUAAUAUAAAAUCUAAAUUUUGAACAGAUUUCUACCAUGGCAAGAAGAAAUUUAACGAUUCUAAAGCGACUCCUUGGAUGCUCACUAGCCUCCUCUUCUUCCGUACCUCCAGCUCCGGGUGUAGGGUUGAGUCUUGACUUCAAGAGAUCUGUAACCUACAUGCCCCGGCCAGGUGAUGGUGCUCCAAGAGCUGUUACCUUAAUCCCAGGAGAUGGGAUUGGUCCUCUUGUUACUGGUGCCGUUGAGCAGGUCAUGGAAGCGAUGCACGCCCCAGUGUAUUUUGAAAGAUUUGAAGUUCAUGGUGACAUGACAAAGGUUCCUCAGGAGGUGAUUGAUUCAAUACAGAAGAACAAGGUUUGUUUGAAGGGUGGAUUGGACACUCCAGUUGGUGGAGGUGUCAGCUCAUUGAACGUUCAGCUAAGAAAGGAGCUUGAUCUAUAUGCAUCACUUGUGAAUUGUUUCAAUCUUCCUGGGCUGCCAACCAGGCAUCAGAAUGUCGAUAUUGUUGUGAUUCGGGAGAACACAGAAGGGGAAUAUUCAGGGCUUGAGCAUGAGGUUGUUCCUGGUGUCGUUGAGAGCCUUAAGGUGAUUACAAAGUUUUGCUCAGAACGGAUUGCCAAAUAUGCCUUUGAGUACGCAUACUUAAACAACCGGAAGAAAGUGACUGCUGUGCACAAAGCCAACAUUAUGAAACUUGCAGAUGGUCUAUUCUUAGAAUCUUGUCGUGAGAUAGCAACAAAAUAUCCUGGAAUUAAGUAUAACGAGAUUAUUGUGGACAACUGCUGCAUGCAACUUGUCUCAAAGCCAGAGCAGUUUGAUGUCAUGGUAACACCCAAUCUUUAUGGUAACCUAGUGGCAAAUACAGCAGCGGGUAUAGCUGGAGGCACUGGUGUCAUGCCUGGGGGCAAUGCUGGGGCUGACCAUGCUAUCUUCGAGCAAGGCGCUUCAGCAGGUAACGUGGGGAAUGAGAAGUUGGUGAAGCAGAAGAAGGCCAACCCAGUGGCCCUGCUUCUGUCAUCAGCCAUGAUGCUGAGGCAUCUGCAGUUCCCCUCAUUUGCUGAUCGAUUGGAGACUGCCGUGAAGCGUGUGAUUUCUGAGGGCAGGUAUCGGACAAAAGAUCUUGGAGGACAGAGCACCACGCAAGAGGUAGUGGAUGCUGUCGUAGCAGUUCUGGAUUGAGAGGAUUCCAUUCUCAAUCCUGCCAACAAACAUCAUUUCAGGCUUGAGACCAAGGUUUCAGAGUUUAUUCCUUCUUUUCCUUUGUCAUUGUCGGGGUUUCCAGUUUCUGUGAAGAUUCAGCAAAUGCAAUCUCUUUUUUGAAAUAAUUUGAAUCCUUAUAAAAUCAGAGCCAUGUAGUUGGGAUAAGGCUGUGUUGUGUUGUUAUAUAAAAUCAAGAGCCAUGGAGAGUGCUGAAAUAGCAUUUUGAAGGUAUGAUGGAUUUCAUUUAUUGUUUUGAUACAUUUGGAAGUGUUAA